UAUCACGUAUAGCAUAUACGGAGGAACAUCAAGACGCGUACCACAAACUCGAGGAGAGGCUCGGCCGAAAAUCAUAAUUAUAUUUAAUAUCACUAUGCUUUCUACACUAAGAAAGUGCUGCGUGUAAAGUGCGUUGUUGUAAAAAUGUAUUACUUUCCUCAUAUUCUCACCUUUCUUAAGAUGCAACAAUAUGUAGUCUACGAAACUAGUUUGACCAGGUCAUUGACUGGUGCAAUUAUUCAUGUAAAAUCACCAAAUACCAAAUACUUAAAGAAGUGGAAUUUGAAAAUUUUAGUUCUUAGCCAAACACAAAAGUGGAAAGUGGUGGGAAAAGUGGAGCUCAAUUUUAUCGGUUCUAAGUGAUAAUUGAUUCCAUGUUAAAAAUGAAGACACCGAUUUUAGUUUAUUUGCUUUUAUUAAGCGUCUUGCCUCGCGAGUUUUCCGCUGCAAUUGUUGAGGAUCAUAAACAUUUUCAACAGUUUAAGUUAGUUUACAAUAAACAUUAUGCAACGGAUACUGAGGAGCGUAGACGAGAGAGUAUUUUUCUGAAACAUUCCGCCUUCAUUGAAGAACACAAUCAAAACUAUACAAAAGGCUUAACGAGCUUUGAGUUGGGCAUAAAUGAGUAUGCUGAUUGGAGCGAAGAGGAGUUUAUGAGUUUUAUGAGCGGCAGUGAUGAGAUCCAUGACAUACGAAAUGUUAUGAAACAAGGCGCCACCUUCAUACCUCCAGCCAAUGUCAAGUUACCCGAUGCAGUGGAUUGGCGUGAAUUGGGUGCAGUGACGGGCGUGAAGAAGCAAGGUCGUUGCGGCUCUUGUUGGGCUUUCGCCGCAACUGGUGCUCUUGAAGGUCAACACUUUCGCAAAACCUCCAAGCUCAUAUCGCUCUCGGAGCAAAACCUCGUUGAUUGCACUCUUACGUACGGUAAUAAAGGCUGUAAUGGUGGAAUUAAAGAACGUGGCUUUCUCUAUGUACGUGAUAAUGGCGGCAUUAACUCGGAAGUUACCUAUCCAUAUCGUGCUCAACAGGAUGCCGAAUGUCUAUUCGAUGCAUCGGCAAUUGCAGCGACGAGUAAGGGUUUUGUGAGAAUCCAACCAGAAGAUGAAUACGCACUGCUGGCUGCUGUGGCGACAGUUGGUCCUAUUGCUGUUAAAAUGAACAUGAAAUGCUUACGAAAGCAAUUCUAUAGGCAAGGUGUAUUCAAUGAUCAACUCUGUGAGGAGCGUAGACCAAAUCAUGCCCUGCUUUUGGUGGGUUACGGGCGAAAUAAUGUUACGAAUGAAGAUUAUUGGAUACUGAAGAACUCCUGGGGUGUCUCUUGGGGUAUGGAUGGCUAUAUAACCGUGCCAAGGAAUGUUAACUUUGGUGGAAUAGCAUUGGGUCCGAGUUAUCCGUUGGUUUGAAUGUUGCAUAUUAGUAGCCAUGAAUUGUCUACAUCUUUAAAUUUGAAUAAAAGCUAAAUAAAAAAUUUAUAUUGUAAAAUAAAAUAUUAAAAAUGCAUUUAA